CGGGCUCGAUUAAUCGGGAUUGGAGGACAACUCAUCGAUCGCUAUUUUGGACUCAGAUAUCAUAAGCCGCUGUUUUCAAAGAAAGGAUGCUGCGGGAGAUGAUUCUUGAUAGACGAUCGCACAUUCAUUGUCCGUUGUCAACGUACCUUGCAAGCCGGUAGCGACAAAGAACAUACUGUUGUCAGUAUCCUGAUCAGGAGUAACCGCAGGAAUGCCGAAGAUGUCUCGGUUGCGUGCGAGCGCGCUGAUAAGCAUCUUCUUGCUUUGCGUAUGUUCGCAUGUUCACACCGCCGUCGAUGGGAACCUCGUGGAUCCGGACCUGGUGGUGAGGAAUGUCGAGCGGCAUAUUGACCUACAGUCACAGCUGACGAAGAUUACGAAUCGCGUGGUGCUGGACAACAACAGCAAGGACCGCGCCACGCAGAGCUUCCUCUUCUGCUUGGACGGCGUGCAGAGAAAGUCCCUGAGCUACAUAACGGCUCGUGUGGAACCUGGUAAGCUGCAGCUCAAGGUGACGGAGACCAAGGUGGAGGCGCACCGUGAUAAAGCCUUCUUCUCGAUCGAUCUUGCCAAUCACUUGGCGCCUCGUCGCACGCUCACUAUUGAAGUAGAGAUGAUCCUUACGCAUGAGUUGGUGCCACAUCCUAAGCAGAUUGCUCAGCAGGAGAAGCAACUGGUUAAGUAUACUGGCAAUGUAUAUGCUUAUCUGCCGUACGCGGUCGCCAAGCAAACCACCUUUGUAGGACUGCCAUCGCGCAACAUUGAGAGCUACACCAAGAUCAAACCAGUCUCACAGACUGGCUCGGGGAUAGUCUACGGUCCGUUUGAGAAGCAGCCGCCGUAUGUUCACGAGGAGCUGACGGUGCACUUUGAAAAUAACAACAAGUUCCUCACUGUAACUAGGCUUGAGAGGACCAUUGAGAUUUCUCACUGGGGUAACAUCGCUGUCGAGGAGCACAUUGAUCUUCUACAUACUGGGGCCUUGUUGAAGGGAUCCUUUUCGCGUUAUGAAUAUGCACGAGAAUCAAAGUCUGGCCAGGCUAGUAUCCAGAGUUUCGACACUAUUUUGCCAGCGGCAGCUUCUGACAUCUAUUAUCGGGACGAGAUCGGCAACAUCUCCACAUCGCAUACCCGCAUCAAGAAGGACUCGGUGGAGCUGAACCUGAGGCCUAGAUUCCCAUUAUUCGGCGGCUGGAAGACUCGCUAUACGAUUGGCUACAAUGUGCCCAGUUAUGAGUACUUAUUCCACUCUGGUGAUGAGUACACUCUGGAGAUGAGACUGUUGGAUCACAUCUUCGACGACAUGGUCGUGGACGAAAUGGUGCUGAAGAUUAUCCUGCCAGAAGGAGCGCGGAACAUGCAGCUGGAAUUGCCGUAUCCGGCGACUCGCCUGCCGGAUUCCUUGCAUUACACGUAUCUAGAUGUCACUGGUCGUCCUGUGGUGUCUGUGACCAAGAAGAAUUUGGUGGAGAAUCAUAUCCAGAGCUUCAGAUUCAAGUAUACAUUCCCACGUUUGCUGAUGUUGCAGGAACCAUUGUUGGUUGCAUUAGCGCUAUACUUAUUGUUCCUAUUAGUAAUUACAUAUGUUAGGUGGGAUUUCUCCAUUGAUAAGGACGAAGCAUCGGAGAGCAAACUGCGGAUUGCCGGCCAGUGUGAGAAGAUAUUGGCUGCGCAGGAUCGCCGGAUCAACUCGUACAACGAACUGGACGAUCAGCUGGUAUGCUUGAAGGCCAAUAAGGAUACCAAUGCGUUUCUCGCCGCAGUGAAGGUCAUCAACCAAGAAUACAAGGCUGCUACCAGCGCACUCAAUGAGAUUUCGCAGAAGUUAAAGGGUGAAUCCGGUGAUGUAUAUGAGCGUGUACAGGAACUGCAAAGGUGUGACCGGUCAUUGAAAGAGCUCUACAAUCAGCAACAGGCGUUGUACGUGGAUAAACUAGUACCGGGCAAGAUCAGUCGGCAACAGUUUGUCGAGGCGGAGUCGGCGAUCGGAAAGAAGAAGGAGGAAUGCGCUGAGAAGAUCAACGCGAUCGUGAAGUCGUUGCAAUAAUCGCAUUCUUGCGAGUCAGAGGAGACUCGAUAGAAUAGAGAAAAAAAAGAGGGGUACCUCCCACGGUGCAUUUGUGAUAUAGCAACAUCCAGUUGUCGUGUUUCACAGCAAUGUUAAUUUCACUCACGAAUAUGAGUGGACAAGUUAAACAAGGCAUACUAUGCAUUUAAUGCGCGUUGCACCAUGAGGAAACUUAUCUGUAUCAUAAGUUAAGAUUUAUAAUAAAUAUGUA